AUGGCGGAACCGUAUGACUCAAUCUCUGAACCCAUCCCGGUCUCCUUGAUCGCUGGCCGAUACUUGCUAUUCGACGUCAAUGUCGUGACUUACCUUCGCAGAACUCACAAUAUUUGCGGGUCUCUCAUUGGCGGUAUCCCACAGCAUCCGCAGCAGAAUGUCUUCCUUGGUCUCCCUGUCGAGUUAAUGCCCGAAGAAGCAACGUUGCUUGUAAAGAAGGAGAUAGGUUACAUUGUUGAUGAUGUCGCGUGGCACACACAAAGAUUCAACACCUUCGUUGGACAGGAUAGGCAGAAAUACUUGGCUUCUCUGAGAUCCCAAGGUCUGAAAGCCCGCAGGGUUGCGCAGAGUGACGCGGUGAAAAGAUCAGAACAUCAUUUGCGGAAGAAGGCUACUGAGAAGGCGAGAGAGAAAGCAAAGAAAGGCGCAGAUGCCCCGGAAGACGGCACUCCAGACAUAUCCUUGGAUGACAGCACUGCAGACUCGCCAGAAGCACUCUUCGACUCCGAUCGGGCUCUUUCACCAGUCCCGUCAAGUACUGCAUUUGCUUCUACCGAGCCAUAUGCCGUCACUCCCUCCACCAGUUACUCUUCCUCUGAGUUACCACAGAAUAUUUCUCUGCCUCCAGAUCCUCCUGCCGUCCCAGGCUACGCUCUAUUCGAACACUUACAUUCGCACGGAUACUUCAUGAUGCCAGGGCUACGGUUCGGAUGCAAUUUCAAUGUGUACCCAGGAGACCCUUUGCGUUUCCACGCCCACUUUCUUGCAUCUGCCUAUGAAUUUGACGAAGAGAUCCCGUUGCUGGAUUUGAUAGGUGGUGGCCGAUUAGGUACAGCAGUCAAGAAAGGCUUUCUAAUUGGAGGUGAGGACCUGGACGCAGAGGCAGAAUCAGGAAGGAAGAUGAGAACCUUCUGUAUUGAGUGGGGCGGCAUACCACCACUGCUGAUAAUCUGCGGCACCAGCAGUCAUCGUUCCCCCACGAGCUCGGUCAGCGCCACGAUACCCUUUGCCAUGGCCGCCGCAGUAUUCGACCAUACCCACAAGUUAGAUGUUGCUUCGUGGAACUGGACAAGUUUCAACGCCUCGCAAUAUGUUCCCUCAGCGAAAGACCUGGCUCUCGCAGGCCCGCGAAUGUUCAUGAAGCUAAGCUCCUUCCUUGCUGUCCCGGAAGCUGUCGACAACAUAUUUGGCUUGAGGGUUGGAUUGGGACAGCGGAUUAUACCUGAAGCUACGGGAGGAGCUGGGGCAGGAAUUGUGGAUGCGGCGACUACGGCUGCUGCGGGUGGCAUGGCAGCAAGAGAGGCAAUGAACGCGGGAACACAGAUGGUGAUUGAUAUGGAUGACGCGGGGAAUGGCCUGGCAUCAAAGUUUACUCUGGAGGGGAUUCGCAGCUUGGGGAAUGUCUUCAGCUAUGCAACUAGCAAAUGGGCUCUGGGUUGUGUCAUAAUCGCUGUCGUCCUCAACCGCACGUAUUGCUACGCCUCUACAAGACGGAAUCUUGUCCUCCCAUGGAAAAUCCGCGUCCUCCUUCGAAUUUCACCUAUCAUCCUUCUUGCGGUACAGGCUCGGUCUCUACUUCAGUCAAUACAAUGCCAAACUUCUCCGGACUUCGGUAUGCUGCGGUGGGGAAACGCUUCCAAGACGUCAGACCUACUCUUUACACAGAACGGGGGAUUUCUGCAUGAGCUCAGUCAGACGCUCUUGUUUGGAGCAAGUAAUGAGGAGUCAUGCUUAGCCGUUAGUAUGAUACCCCCCGACUACGACGAGGAAGUUGCCAAGGCAUCACCAGAUGGGUUGAUGCCAAAAGCGGACUUGACCGGAUCGCUGUCCCUUCUGUGGCCCUUGUUCAAGACUUUCGGGUUUAGUCAGUGGGUAGAGACAAUCUCUUGUGCAGUUCAAGGGCGGCAGGUAGCAGCUGAGACCGGAAUGACCCUGUUUGAGCACUCGCUGGCCUUCGCCGAGGCUGAUUCGCAAAUCGGCAGUCAACUCGGCGCUUUUGGGUCUUUUGGAACUACGAAGCGUGUCUGGGCGAACACAACUUCUCACGAUGAAGCAACUCAAAUCGCAAUCACACGUACCAUGAUCAUGAAGAAGGUCAAUACGGCUCCUGAAGUGCUGUUCGUAGGCUUCUUAUCGGCUAUGAAUCACCUUACGAGUCACUUUCUUGCAAUCUUCAAUCUUCAAGGGAAGCUACGGUUGCUGAGUACUGGAUUCUGGGGCUUGUCGUUCAUGUCAGCCAUCGUUUGGAGUGUUUGGACGUUCUCAAUCGACGACUUCGAGAAUCAGAGCCUCCUACGAUUCCCAACGGUAUGCAUCGUUGGAUUCAUUCCACAUGUGCUGGUCCUGCUUGGAAUUCUAGCAUGCGGAGCUAUUUACGGGGCAGCUCUGCUAUUAUCUGCCCUCUCUCCUCCCGCGGUCGAGGAAGGAAGUGCGGAUGACCAACCAACCCCUACAAACACAUGGUCCGCUUUUAUGAGACGGCUGGCAUUUGCGCACCGAAACAUGCAAUCAAACGGGACAUUGAUGUCGAGCCUUCGGAUCACUAUGCAUAUGGAUUUCUAUACCGCUUUGUUGAGAACAGGGUUUGCGGUCAUGACUAUGGCGAGUGAAGCAGUAUAUUUGAACGAAAGCCGUGGAGUUAGUGUCAAGCAACGGACGUGGCUGGAAGAGGAUAGAUUACGAGAGCUCGAAACCGUCGGAGCUCAAUGGCUUGGGCCAACAUUUAGAAUCCAUGAUCCGGAUUCUGGUCUUGCAGAUGGGUUGGCAAACAAUGUUGGGCUUGUGGCAGCUAAAGACCAGCCAAUGGAUCUGCUGCAGAAGUCGUCAAGCGGGUAUGCUAGAGAGAUGACAGCAAAGAAAGUUCCAAAGCUUUCAAGAGGACGAGAGCCAGCUGGAAUGCGGAAUGGAAUUGGUGCUACAGAACGAAGUGGGAGAUGGGUCAUGGCAUUGGAGUUCUUCAUUGGUAUUAACAGGUUGUUGUUAAGCUGGUGGGCUUCUGUUGCUUUGAAGCUGCUAGGUAUUGCUGGAAUCCAGAGCCGACCUCGUUGGCUUCUAUGGCUUGUCAAGCAUCCAAGAUCGACUCAAGCAGAUGCUAAGCCACCAGACAGCAGCGAUCCUGAGUCAUUGAAUUUCUGGCUCUUGAGCAUCGACGGAGAAUUGACUCUGCCGAAGGAUGAGAAUGUUGAUGUCGAGGCGGAAAUGAGGAACCGACUUCGUGAGAACCAGGGAUACUGGAAUGAUACUGAGGAGAAGAAGUUGGAUUCUAACUUAUAUAAAUGGUGGCUGGGUGGUGGAUGGUGGGGCUCCGAUGACCACAGUGGAAACUUCAAUCCAAACGAGAAGGAAUUGGAUGAAGAUAUGACCAGUAUUGUAUCAUUCUCCACUACAGAAGACGAGCAGGAUUGGAUUUCAGAUGACAAUGAUGAUGGACGAAGAACACCAACUCAAGAGUCGCCCCAGUUCUCCAGAGAGUCUACUCCUUUCCUGGACACACCUCUCAACCCCGCCGACCUAGCACAACUUUUGCAUCCCAAAACCCCCGAGCAGCGAGCUGAAGCCCAAGCUCUAUCCGCACACCUUGCAAGCGACAGCAUCGUCACCCGCUCUCGCUACCGCAACCUCCUCCAACGCGAGCGAGCCAAAGUCCUAACCUCCACCCGAGAACGACCCGAAAACUUCACCGCCUCCUCUGCAACCGGCAAGCUGACCCUCGAAGAAGAAGCUCAAAUCCUCGAGCACCUCAUCAUCUCCCGCCGAAACUUCCACAACGCCACAUCCUCAUCCUCAAAACCAACAUCUUGGGCAAAAGGUGCAUCCGGGAUGGGCGAAGGCGGGCCGCAAUGUGUGGUCUGCCAGAGCUCUCCGAGAAGUAUCAUCGUUUGGCCGUGUCGCUGCUUGAGUUUGUGUGAUGAUUGCAGAGUUACGCUUGCGAUGAACAACUUCGAUAAGUGUGUUUGCUGCAGAAGGGAUGUGGCGAGCUUUAGUCGGAUUUUCGUUCCAUAA